CAGAUAUUUUACCCCUCAAAAAUAUAUAGUUUGCAACUUUGCAUAUAACUACACACAUUGCAUUCCCAUCUCCUACUCUCCUUCUCAAGAGAGAAAGAAAACCCCAAAGCCUUUUGCAGGAAAGCGUUAAUAGCAAGACUUUACUGAUGCAACUGUUUUAAUGGCGGACUAAAGAUUGGGCCUUGGACCAAGAAAUGGAGAAAUGCCGCUUUCACUGUAUACAAACUAAAUUAAAAUAUAAAUAAAAAUCAACCGGACAAAACCUUUUCGCCACAAGGUAUUACGCAUUGUAUAUGAAUAAUUUUUGUUUUAAUACAAACACACCCCUUUUCUCCCUCGCCGCAACCGUUCAUCACAAUUUCCCGACCUUCCUCCUCGCGGUUCAUCACACAAUUUCUCUCAUUUUCUCAAAUCAUCUCACAAUCACCCAUGGCAGCUAAAACCCUUGCUCUCACAUCUCCCUGCCUUGGCAAAACCAACAGUUUUGCUCCGCCGCCAUCCCACGUCAACACUGUCCGCUUCCUCAAACCGAACCCCCACAUCAAAACCAAAACCCCCCAAUUGAAAUCAUCCACAAAUGCACCACCAGAAAAAACCACGGAGUGGGACCCCCAAACCCGCGUCGAGAUCCUAUCGGAGGCCCUCCCCUACAUUCAAAAGUUCCGUGGCAAGACCAUAGUGGUCAAAUACGGCGGCGCCGCCAUGAAGUCGGAGUCCCUCCGCGCCUCUGUGGUGGCCGACGUCGUCCUCCUCGCUUGCGUCGGCCUCCGCAUCGUGCUCGUCCACGGAGGCGGGCCCGAGAUCAACCAGUGGCUGACUCGUCUGGGCAUCGAGCCCAACUUCCUGGACGGGCUUCGCGUGACAGACGCGUCCACCAUGGAAAUCGUGUCCAUGGUCCUGGUUGGGAAGGUCAACAAGGGCCUGGUCGCCAUGAUCAACCAGGCCGGGGCCACCGCUGUUGGGCUGUCGGGGAUCGACGGCCGGCUCCUGACGGCUCGACCGUCCGCUCGGCAGCAGCUGGGGUUCGUCGGUGACGUGGCGGGGGUGGACCCCACAGUGAUCCGGCCGCUGGUGGAAUCCGGCCACAUCCCCGUGGUGGCCUCGGUGGCGGCAGACGGCGGCGGGCAGCCUUACAACAUCAAUGCUGACACUGCGGCCGGUGAGCUGGCGGCGGCCUUAGGGGCGGAGAAGCUGAUACUGCUGACAGACGUGGCGGGGAUACUGGAGGAUCGGGAGGACCCGAACAGUCUGGUGAAGGAGAUUGAUAUAAAGGGGGUGAAGAGGAUGAUUGAGGAAGGGAAGGUGGGAGGGGGAAUGAUACCAAAGGUCAACUGCUGCAUUAGGUCUUUGGCUCAGGGGGUCACCACCGCAAUUUGGGAUAAGAGUCCGAAAAGCCUAGAACGGGGUAAUGUUGGAGUUUAUCCUAUUGUGCCUAUGUUGGAUGUCCCAAUAUAUGGUAGAAUUGCAACACUUGAGCUUUUUUGUCCACACGGGGAAACUCAAGAUCUCCUUUUUAUGGCUACAGAAAGAUACAAAUUCUGUGUUCUGCAAUGGGAUGCCGAAAAUGCUGAGGUCUUUAUUCUGUUUUUGUUGGGGGUGGUUUCCACCAUUGAAAUAGGGCAAUGGGGGAUGUUUCAGAUCGAAUUGGUCGUCCUACGGACAGUGGACAGAUUGAUUGGGCUUCACCUAUAUGAUGGAUUAUUCAAGGUCAUUCCAUUUGAUAACAAAGGCCAGCUCAAGGAAGCAUUUAAUAUUAGGCUGGAGGAGCUUCAGGUUCUGAAUAUCAAGUUUUUGUAUGGUUGCCCCAAGCCAACCAUUGUUGUACUUUACCAGCCCCCAAGCCUCACAGAACACCAGUGCAACGGGUCUAAAUUCAUUUCCUCAUCAAUUUUGAUGCUACUACCAAGUGAAAAAGGUACUAUGAUGGAGAACAUUGAUUCGGCUCUGAAUGAUCCAAACUACCGUUUACAGAAUGGACUCGAAAUUUAAUUUUUCGACACAGAACGAACUCAUUAUGUAACAAGUUCAUUUGACACGUGUUUUCACUUACUGAAACUAUUUCUAUUGGGAAUUUAACAAUUUCUUGUUAGGAUUUUAGUCAUCCUUCAUGAAUCUUCAACUUGGCUUGUAACAUCAAUAAGUGUAUACAUUGUUUUUUCCUUUUCUAUCAAUGAUCUCAGCUGGUGUAUUAAACCUCUUCCUCUCUCUGUGGAUAUACUUGAGAUUUUAAGUGUGGAGUGUCACAAGUACUAAGGCAAUAACCAAGAUUGUAGUUGGUAAUAUUAUGAUGAAAACAACAAGAAAUGCUUCAUCAUUCUGAUAAUGUAGCAUGAUUCAUAAGGUUGUAUGCAGAUUAAUGAUCGCCUGUAAUUAAUUCAUUACGUUUGCUUCUAGUUACAAAAUGAAUUUUGAUCAAAG